AUGCCGAAAGCCGCGAAAGGACACGAUUGCAUUGCAUGCGAUCGCAAGAAUAGUGCGUCGAAUAUGGUGCAGUGCGAUAAGUGCAACGGAUGGAGCCAUUUCGACUGUGCAAAUGUUUCGUGGAGCGUAAAAAACGAAAAGUGGUCAUGUGAAAAGUGCAAAGCCGCGGAAAAGGUCGACGAGUAUCAUGCUGAAGGUGAAAGUAAAAUGGUGCCCGGCAGUAAGCCUCAAGCUAGCUGCGAUUUGGUUCAUCAAGAAGAAACCAAAGCAGCCCAUGGCGAUGGCGAUCAGGAGCCGACAAGGAAGCCAAUCCACACCGAGCAGCAGGAAGCGACCGGGCGAGAAUCCGAGCAACGAGCACCAGAACGUGGAUCGCGCCACGCAGUUAGUGAAAUGUCGAGAAGUUCAUCCAAAUGCACGUUGAUGAAGCUUCUGACCGAGCAAAAUGAAACGGUGAAGCGUCUCCUCGCGGAAAAGGAAAAGAUGAUGGCCGACCAUUUGAAGCUGCAGAUGGACUUGCAGCGUAGAAUGGACGAACUCGAGAAACGGUCCAAUCGGAGCGAUGGAAAAAGUGCCUCUGAAAUCUCAUCGGUCGUUAGAGGUGAGAUGAAGACCGCGAAUUGGGUGCAAAAGCAAAAUGCGUACUUACCACAUGCCGCUAGCAGCUGGGAGCCCCAAGCAACUAUGCAGGAACACCUUACACCUUCGACGAGUAACCAAGAAAGGUACAGUGAUAUGCAACCAACAGCAUCGAACAAGACAGGAAUACCAGUCCUUCAAGCUUCACCUCAAGUGCUAGAAACCAACCACAAGGUCCAGAGAGAGUUUCCUAUGGGACAGGUGAAUGUCUAG